CUCGCCUCCCCGGAGCUACCCCCUCCCUCCCCGCCCCCCCAGUGGCGCUGCCUCCUCCAAAUGAGCGAUUCGCCCGCUGGAUCUAACCCAAGGACACCCGAAAGCAGCGGCAGCGGCAGCGGCGGCGGCGGGAAGAGGCCAGCGGUGCCCGCGGCGGUGUCCCUCUUGCCCCCGGCGGACCCCCUGCGCCAGGCUAACCGGCUUCCUAUCAGGGUCCUGAAGAUGCUGAGCGCUCACACCGGCCACCUCCUGCACCCGGAGUACCUGCAGCCGCUGUCCUCCACUCCCGUCAGCCCGAUUGAGCUGGACGCCAAGAAGAGUCCUUUGGCGUUGCUGGCGCAGACUUGCUCGCAGAUCGGCAAGCCGGACCCGCCGCCCUCGUCCAAGCUCAACUCGGUAGCGGCGGCCAACGGGCUGGGAGCGGAGAAGGACCCUGGCCGCUCCUCCUCGGGCGCCGCCUCCGCGUCUGCUGCCCUCAAGCAGCUGGGGGACUCCCCGGCCGAGGACAAGUCCAGCUUCAAGCCCUACUCCAAAGGCUCCGGUGGCGGUGACUCCCGCAAAGACAGCGGCUCUUCCUCCGUGUCCUCCACCUCCUCCUCCUCCUCCUUGUCCCCCGGAGACAAGGCGGGUUUCAGAGUCCCCAGCGCCACCUGCACGCCGUUUCCCCCGCAUGGAGCGCCGGUCUCCGCGUCGUCGUCCUCGUCCUCUCCCGGUGGCUCCCGGGGCGGCUCCCCGCACCACUCUGACUGCAAGAACGCGGCCGCCGCCUCCUGCCAUCUGCACCUCCCCCCGCCCACCGCCCCGGGCAGCCCCGGGUCGCUGUCAUUGCGGAGUCCACACACUUUGGGGCUAAGCCGGUACCACCCCUAUGGCAAGAGCCACUUAUCCACGGCCGGGGGCCUGGCCGUGCCGUCCCUCCCCACAGCCGGACCCUACUACUCACCAUACGCGCUGUACGGACAGAGACUGGCCUCAGCCUCCGCGCUCGGAUACCAGUAACUACAGCCCUUCCUCCCACCCCGACCCUCCUCUUCUCCCCGCACCCCCACCCGCCUCCGCUGCUGCCUCCACUACCGCUUAGCCCUGCCGGAUCCCCGCCCAGACCCUCCCCACCGGACUGUGUAUUUAUUUACUAUAAUGUUAGCUUACAAGCUGGGAAUAUAAGUGCAUUAACGGCCCACACGAGUCAAUGGUAUGCAAAAAGUCCGUCCCCCCUCCCCCAAAUAAUAAUAUUAAUCACGCAAGUAACUACAUGUCCCACCCCCUCUUCCUUUCUUGACUCUUUUUCUUAGAUGUAAGUUUUAAAUCUUUUUCCUUUGGCUUUUUUUUUCUUUUUUGAUUGGUUUGGUUUUUAGGGGGAGGAGGGAGAGUUCGGGUUCUUUUUGUUUUGUUUGCCCUUCCUGGAGAUUUUCUUGCAUGCUUCUUAACUGUUCAAACUACAUUUCUUCCAUCUCUUUUACCCCCUCUUUCCCCUUCAUUCCUUCUUGUUUCCGUCCAUUUGAGGUUCUGUUGUUUUUUUUUUCUUUUGUACAAGUAACAGAGAGGAGGAUUUUUUUUUUCGGUAACUCAUUUGGGGGUGCAGGGAGUGGCCUUGGGAGCUGGAGGUCUUGUGCUUUUAUUAACCUGGAACUCUGCUCUGUGACUCCUCCCUUGCCACCCUCUCCGCCCAGGGUCCUUGGUCUUCACCCUGGCCCUCAAAAUUAGAGUCUUGCUCCCCUGUCUUGCUCUGAGCAGGAGUCAAUGGCCCGAGAGGCCUCCAACAGAGCUACUCUUCUUCCAGGCCCCAGACACCCCGGUGGUCACACUGCCUGCUGGUGGGGGACCUGCAGGGCUCAUCUUACUCAAGUAAAAGUCCUAGAAGGCCCUGCUGGCAUGAAACUUUGCUCGUAUAGUUUGCGAAGUGCUUUUAUAGCCAUUGUUUUUUGCUCGGUCACUGGGGCAGUGGUCCCUGUCUUGGCGGUAGGGGCUUGGUGUGUGAUUCUUGCUAGAUCCUUCCAAAGCAGACCAGUGGUAGUAUCAGCUGGCAACACACCCAUGUUAGCGCUUUUGGGGGAAGGUGGGAGAGUCAGGGAGCACACGGAAUGCAGCAGUCCCCGUCGCCCCCUCCCAGGCCUGACCCAACAGAACCCCCAAAGUUGGCCGUGGGCUUCCUCAGUUACUAGGAUUGAAGACUUCAGCCCCUGGGUCUUCUCCUCACACCCUCCCUCCCUCCUGGUCUUAUGCAGCCGAGCGGGGGCCGCGGGGUCUGUUUGGGAUGAAUAGAGCUCUCCCUUGGUAAGACUUAUUUUGUUAAUAAAUGGAAUACUUGGCUAUAUUCA